AUGAAGACGGCAACUCUGCUGUGCCUCGCCAGCGCGCUCGGCGGGUGCGUCUCCGGGCUGGGCAUCAACUGCCGGGGCUCCGGGUUCUGCCCCUCGGACGGGGCGGCGGGCAACCUGAUCAACCUCAAGGCGAUUGUGGACGGCAUCGCGGACCGCGGGCGGGGGUACGCGACGGGCCAGCAGAUUGCGUGCACCGGCUCGCUGUGCGCCUUCUUUCAGAACGGCGCGUCCGGGACCGCCGGCCAGGCCUCGGCGCUGCUCCAGCAGCUGCUCGACCACGGGUGCAAAAAGUGCGGCUCCGUGCCGACGCAGCCCGGCAACGACGUCUCCAGGGGCGAGCUCACGGUCAAUAUCGUCGGAGACGCCCACUGCCAAGGCGCGUGCUGA